GCGUGUCGCGCGGUGAUGACGUGGAGCCCGCGCGGCGCGGCGGCCGGAGCCGCCUUCGUUCCCUUUUGUCCAAGAUGGCGGCGGCCGCCGGAGGCGUCUCCUGAGCCGCGGGCCCCGGCGCCAUGAAGCGCGGCAGCGAACGGGACGGCAGCCCGACGGGGGCCGGGGGAGGCCGCGCCGCCGCCGCCGCCAAGAGGCCCCGCGAGCGAGAGCGCGAGAGCAGCAGCCGGCGCGGCCCGCACCGCAGCUCGGGCGCGUCCCGCAGCAGCCGGGACAAGUCCACGCCCGGCGGCGGCGGCGGCGGCGGCGGAGGAAGCGGCGGAAGCGGCGGAGGCGGCUCCGGGUCCCGCAGCCACCGCGGCGAUGAACGCGCCGGCGGCGCCGAGUCCAACCACCGUCCGGCAGCCGGCGGCAGUUCGGCCUCCGCAGCCCGCGGGCAGCCCGCCCCAGCCGCGGCCUCGUCGUCGUCGUCGUCCCGCGCGCUCGGCGUGCCCAAGGCCAAGGCGCUGCCCGGUGCCGUGGUGGCCCCGUCGCUGCUGUUGGCCGGGCCGCCGCCGGGCGCCGCGCCCUCGCUGCUGCUGGCGCCGCUGGGGGGCUCGGCCGGGCUGGCCGGGGAACCGCCCGGCUCGUGUGAGUACAAAACGCUGCUGGUGAGCGGGCUGAGCGCGGCCCUGCCCGACCAGCUGCUGGAGGACGGGCUGUUCCGCCUGUUCCAGCGCUUCGCGGGGGGGGGCGCCGGGGACAUCAGCGUCAAACUCUCCCACACGCCCGAGCUCGGCCGCGUCGCCUACGUCAACUUCCGACACCCCGGGGACGCCCGCGACGCCCGGCGACACGCCCGGGCCCGGCAGCUGCUGCUCUACGACCGGCCGCUCAAGGUGGAGCCCGUGUACCUGCGCGGGGGCCGCAGGAGCCGCACGCCGCCCCCCGCCCCCUCCCCGGAGCCGCUGGGCUACCUGCCCCCCCUGCACGGCGCAUACCAGUACAAGCAGCGCUCGCUCUCGCCCGUCACCAGCCCUUUGCUGCGGGAGCCGCGGCCCCGCCAUGCACAUGCUGCCGCCGCCGCCUUCGCGUUGGAAGCCGCCGCCAUCGGGCUCUCCCGGGAGCGGGAGCGAGCCCUGGAUUACUACGGGCUGUACGACGAGCGCGGCCGGCCCUACAGCUACCCCAUCGUGGCCGAGGAAGACCUGAUGCCGGAGGACGACCAGAGAGCCACCCGCAACCUCUUCAUCGGCAACCUGGACCACAACGUCUCGGAGGUGGAGCUGCGACGGGCCUUCGAGAAGUACGGCAUCAUCGAAGAAGUGGUGAUCAAGCGCCCGGCCCGCGGCCAAGGCGGCGCUUACGCCUUCCUUAAGUUCCAGAACUUGGACAUGGCGCAUCGGGCCAAGGUGGCGAUGUCCGGCCGCGUUGUGGGCAGGAACCCCAUCAAAAUCGGCUACGGGAAAGCCAACCCCACUACCCGGCUGUGGGUGGGUGGGCUCGGCCCCAGUACUUCCCUGGCUGCCCUGGCGAGGGAGUUUGACCGCUUUGGCAGCAUCAGGACUAUUGACUAUGUGAAGGGAGACAGUUUUGCUUAUAUCCAGUACGAAAGCUUGGACGCUGCCCAGGCCGCCUGCGCGCAGAUGAGAGGCUUUCCCUUGGGUGGGCCGGAGAGGAGACUCCGUGUGGAUUUUGCCAAAGCAGAAGAGACGAGAUACCCGCAGCAGUACCAGCCCGCGCCCCUCCCCGUGCACUACGAGCUGCUCGCUGACGGAUACAGCAGACACAGAAGCCUAGAGCAAGACUUGAGGGUGCGAGAUAGGACUCCUCCGCACCUCCUGUACUCGGACAGAGACAGGAGCUUUGCAGAGGCAGACUGGGCCAGUCCUGCCAAAAACGCUGAGCGCAGGAACAACUUGGAGAGCUACAGCCGCUCGGUGCGGAGCCGGAGCGGAGAGCGCUGGGCCAGCGACAGCGACCGCGCCGUGCCCAAACUGUGGGAAGAGAGGAGGAAACGGCGGAGCCUUUCCAGCGACCGCGGCAGGACUGCGCACUCCCCUUACGAGGACAGAAGCAGGACAAAGGCCAGUGGGCCGGCUUCAGAGCGCAGCCCGGAGCGGGCUCGCAAGGAGAAUCACACUACAGAAUCCGGAGCUGAGAAAGAACAGAGCAACUCCCUCCAGAACAAUCGUCACGCGACCGAGGAGAAACCCCACCGAGAGGCGUCCGACGCUGCGCAGCCUAAAAAAAGGGACAGCGAACGCAAUCAUCGAACUGCUGAAUCGGAAGCAAAAACUCACGAGGAGCCGAAAUCCGAGACCAAAAAGGUAAAGAAUUUGUCGGAAUACGCUCAGACGCUGCAGCUGGCUUGGAACGGGCUCCUCGUGCUAAAAAACAGCUGCUUCCCCACGUCUAUGCACAUCCUGGAGGGGGACCUCGGCGUCAUCAACGGGCUCCUUAAAGACCAUUCGUCCGGCGGGAAGCUCACGCAGCUCAAAAUCGCUCAGAGACUUCGGCUCGACCAGCCCAAGCUGGAUGAGGUGACUCGCCGUAUCAAACAAGGCAGCCCCAAUGGCUACGCCGUGCUCCUGGCGACGCAGUCCGCCCCGGGCGGCUCGGGGGCUGAGGGGACCUUCCCCGCGGUCGAGCCCGGUUUGCAGCGACGGCUGCUCAGGAAUCUGGUCUCCUACUUGAAACAGAAGCAGGCUGCUGGGGUUAUCAGCCUGCCCGUGGGAGGAGCGAAGGGCAGAGACAGCACAGGCAUGCUUUACGCGUUCCCUCCUUGUGAAUUCUCUCAGCAGUACCUCCAGUCAGCACUAAGGACAUUGGGGAAGUUGGAAGAGGAACAUAUGGUGAUAGUUAUAGUCAAAGACACUGCCUAGCCCACACUGUCUUUUCAGAUUCCAUGUUUUCUUUGUGUGUCACACAACCCCGUUGUUUUUAAGGCCAAUCAUUUUGGUGGAGGCUCAGAACACCUCGACCGGAGUGCAAAGAUUUUUAGUUUCUAAUUAAUUUUAAUACCAUUUAAAUAGAGCCCGUUUCAUUCGUUUUUAAUAUGUGACACUGUCCGCUGUUGUUCUGUAUUUUUAUUUUUUAACUGUAUGAAAAAGUUGUCAGUAAAGCCUUGUUCACUGAUGGGUUUCUAAA